AUGGAAGUUAGUAACAUAACCACAGUCACUGCGUUUGUUCUCCUAGGACUAUCCAACAACCCUCAGAUCCAGGGAGUACUCUUUGUACUGUUCCUCGUGAUUUACCUCCUGACUCUCGUGGGGAACCUGCAGGUGCUGCUGGUGAUCAGUACCGAUUCCCACCUCCACACCCCCAUGUACUUCUUCCUGGGUCACCUCUCCUUCCUGGAUGCUUUCUAUUCCUCCAUCAUUGUACCUAAACUGCUAGAGAACCUUCUUUCCAAGUGGAAGAUUAUAUCCCCCCUUGAGUGUUUCACCCAGAUCUCCUUGGUCAUACUUGCUGGGGGCACUGAAGCUUGCCUCCUUGCAGUCAUGGCCUAUGACUGGUACCAGGCUGUGUGCCACCCACUGUUGUAUGUGGUUGCUAUGAACAGGAAGGUAUGUACUGGCCUGGUGGGAGCAUGCUGCGCCAUAGGAACGGGGACUGGACUAGCUAACACCAUCCUCCUGGCUCAGCAGCACUUCUGUGGCCCCAACCUCAUCCAUAGUUUUGCCUGCGAGUUUCCCUCACUGCUCCUGUUGGCCUCUUCUGACCCCUACAUUAGCAUCACCUCCAUCUUGACCACCAUGGUGGUCCUGGGCCUUGGCAACUUUGUCCUACUGCUGGGUUCCUACACCUGUAUCAUCAUGACAGCACUGGAGAUCAAUUCUGCCACGAGUCGGAGCAAGAUCUUCUCCACCUGCUCUUCUCAUAUUCUUGUGGUCACCAUCUUUUAUGGUUCAGGAAUUUUCAGGUACGUGACUCCAGCAUCCGGCUCAGCCCUGGAGCAAGUGCUCUCUGUGCAGUACAGUGUGGUGACCCCGCUGCUAAACCCCCUCAUCUACAGUCUGAAGAACCAGGAGGUGAAGGCAGCUCUGAGGAGGGUGCUAGCCAGGAAGCCCAGGCUUACCAUCUAA